AUGUCGGCCAGCACGAGCAACAGGCUGCGUGCGCUAGCGCUGUAUAAAGAGUUACACAGGCUCGGGAGGGAGUAUCCGGAUCCGAGUUAUGACUUCAAUGGACGAGUGAGGAGGAUGUUUGAGCGGAAUAGAGACCUUCACGAUCCAGAAGAGAUCGAGAAAGCUCUCAAGCUAGGAGAAUACAUAAAGAACGAAACCCUCGCUCUCUAUCAACUCAAGAAAUAUCGGCACCUGAAACGAGCUUACCCCUCCAAUCCUCCUUCCUCGUCCUCAUGA